UAGACAUGGGGAAAAAAAGGUGGGAACCUGAGAGGUGCUGUAUACGGUAAUCGAAGUUUUUCCCACAUAGCAGUUUAUUAUGCCAUUAAGUUUGUUUACCUCAUAUUUCCGAUUCUGACAGCGGUUAUUUACUUUAUUUAAUUGCCGGUUUUGAAGCUUCGUUGGUUUAUAUGAGCUGUUUCGCCAGAUAAUCUGAAGACGGGAGUUCUCACACUUUUUAGCAAUGUGCUGGAAGCGGGGGGAUAUUUGUUUAGUGGCUAAACGUAAUGUUCGCUGGAUCCAUUUUUUUUUUUUUGGGGGGGGGGUGUUUUUCAUGUUGUCGUGGGCUGGCUGUAGCGACUAAAUCAGUUCAGAGGAAGGUCGUUCAAAUAUAUCCACGUUUUUCCUGCACGUAUCCACAUUUCAUGGGAUGUGUUCACAUUUUUCCUCUCACGUUUUAAAACUAGGUGUUUUCCUGUGAUACGGCGAAGAAGUGCAACAUUGGAGUGCAUGAAACACUCAGCGACCUGUGGAUUACAGCAAGCUAGCCAAGGGUAGCUAGCUUCUUGGGUCUAUAGAAGUUCGGCUACAUAGCUGGAUUUUUGGAAAGAAGAGGACACCCAGAUUUCUAAAUGAUCAAGCAUUAAUCUUAAAUAAUUGCUUUAUAAUACGGAAAUACGGUCUGAGUGCCUUUCAACAGUGGAACCUCGUUUAUCGUGGAAUGAGGCCGUGGCUCGUUACUUUCUAGUUUAGCUAACGUUAGCGGUGUGGGAUUUAUUUUUUCUCGAAUCGGAAUACUUUAAAAAUAAAAAUCAAACAUUAAAGUGAACUAUCCCAUACAAUUGUAGGAAAUUACUAUUUUUAUUCGCAAAUGUGUCGCCAGAACACACGAUCAAGCUAUUUAGUGGUCAUCUUUUUCAGGGAGAACCGAAAUCCCAAAGUUAGCUGAGAAGAUAUUGCUGUUAAUUAAGAUACAACCACGUUGGACCCCUGGCCCCUUUUUAAGGGGGCUAACUGGACUAGCUAGCUUGAUUUAUCUUCUCCUUUUGAAAACUUUUUUGUUUGUAUUGGAUUUCUUAAACGAACUUUGGAUUUCUUCAAAACACACAGAGAACACACUCGAAGUCACAAUGUGGCUUGGGACUUCAGCGGUUGUUUUGGUUACUUUUAUCUACAUUGGAUGUCACUGUGUCCUAACAAAUGGAGAAAUCUGUCAGAGUAAGGAUAUCCGUAACAACGUGACCAACCUGCAGUUAUUAGAGAACUGCACAGUAAUUGAGGGCCACUUGAAGAUCCUCCUCAUGUUCAAGGCCAAGCCCGAGGACUUCAGGGGCCUCAGCUACCCCAAGCUGACCGUUGUCACCGACUUCCUCCUCCUAUUUAGGGUCUAUGGUCUAGAGUCCCUCAGCAAUCUGUUCCCCAACCUGACGGUGAUCCGAGGCAACAACCUGUUCUUCAACUACGCCCUGGUUCUGUUUGAGAUGGUGGACCUUAAGGAGCUGGGGCUCCAGAGCCUCAUGAACAUCACCCGGGGAGCCGUGAGGGUGGAGAAGAACCCGGACCUCUGCUACCUCUCCACCCUGGACUGGUCCAAGAUCCUGGACACAGUGGAGGACAAUUACAUCGUGGCCAAUAAGAAUGACCGGGAGUGUGGGGAUGUGUGCCCAGGCACGGCCUAUGGGAAGACCACCUGUCCUCAGACUACCAUCAAUGGACACUUUGGAGAGCGCUGCUGGACUCAGAACCACUGCCAGAGAAUGUGUCCCUCCACCUGUAAGCAUCGGGCCUGUACCCAGCAUGGCCACUGCUGCCACGACCAGUGCCUGGGAGGCUGCUUGGAGGCAGGCAAAGCCAGCAGCUGUGUGGCCUGCCAGAACCUCCAGCACCAGGACACCUGUGUGGACCACUGUCCCCAGGGAUACUACAUUUUCAAGGGCUGGCGCUGCGUCUCUCUCUCCUUCUGCCAGGACCUUCACAACCAGUGCAAGAAUGGAAAGAGCAGCGACUGCCAUGAGUACGUCAUCCACAACAACGCCUGCAUCCCAGAGUGCCCCUCGGGGUACACCACCAUCAACUCUACCGCGUUGAACUGUACCCCGUGUGCGGGGCUGUGUCCUAAGAUGUGUACAGGGCUGAAGACAGUGGACUCUGUGACAGCAGCCCAGGCUUUGAGAGGAUGCACUGUGCUCAACGGCAGCCUGAUCAUCAAGAUCCGUGGAGGGAACAACAUAGCAGCAGAGCUGGAGGCUAACCUGGGUCAGCUGGAGGAGAUAACAGGCUACCUGACCAUCAAGAGAGCCUAUGCCCUUGUCUCUCUCUCCUUCCUCCGCAAGCUACACAUCAUCCGCGGAGAGACGCUGACCCAAGAUGGGAACUACUCGUUCUACGCGCUUGACAACCAGAACCUGCGUCAGCUGUGGGACUGGAACAAACACAACCUGACCAUCCUUCAGGGGCGCAUGUUCUUCCUUCACAACGCCAAGUUGUGCAUGUCUGAGAUCCGCAAGAUGGAGGAGGUGACGGGCACCAAGGGGAGAGACAUCAAGAAUGAAAUCGCCGGCAGGACCAAUGGAGACCAGGCCUCCUGUGAGAACCAGGUGCUGAAGUUCACCACGGUGCGCACGCAGUCAGACAAGAUCCUCAUCAAGUGGGAACCCUUCUGGCCGCCUGACUUCAGAGACCUACUAGGCUUCAUGGUCCUCUACAAAGAGGCGCCCUAUAAGAAUGUGACAGAGUUUGAUGGCCAGGAUGCGUGUGGCUCUAACAGCUGGGUGAUAGCUGACAUAGACCCUCCACCCCGGGCCUCGGAGGGGAAGGAGCAGGGAGAGCCUGGCUACCUCAUCCAUACUAUGAAACCCUAUACCCAGUACGCCAUCAUGGUCAAGACCCAGCUCUCCGCCUCAGAUGAACACCAGGUCCUCGGGGCCAAGAGUGAGAUCAUCUACGUCCGCACCAAUGCCACCAAGCCGUCGGUGCCGCUGGACCCCAUCUCAUCAUCCAACUCGUCCUCUCAGAUCAUCCUGAAGUGGAAGCCCCCCACGGACGCCAAUGGCAACAUCACUCACUACCUGGUGUUCUGUCAGCAGCAGCCCGAGGAUAGCGACCUCUACAAGUUUGACUACUGUCAAAAAGGAAUGAAGCUGCCGUCGCGGGUGCCUACCCAUCUGGACACUGACGAGGAGCAAAAGUGGAACCAGACAGACGAGUCUGGGCCAGGGAACCGCUGCUGUGCCUGCCCCAAAACAGACACCCAGCUCAAGAAGGAGGCUGAGGAGUCUGAGUACCGCAAGACCUUCGAAAACUACAUCCACAAUGAAGUGUUUAAAGUCAGACCGUCUCGUCGGCGGCGCUCAGUGGGCGUGGCCAACGCCACCCUUCCGCACUUCCUGACCACUCCCCCCACCCUGCCCAACGCGUCCACCACGCCCAGCCCAGAUGGCGAGGGGGUGGAGGGCUCUAAGGUGACGUUGGUGGUGUAUGCCAAGGAGUCGACCGUCAUCUCCAACCUGCGUCACUUUACCAGCUACCAGAUAGAGAUCCAUGCCUGCAACCACCCCACAGACCCCCAACGCUGCAGCAUGGCUACCUACGUCAGCGCCCGCACCAUGCCCGAAAAGAAAGCUGAUGACAUUGUGGGCCAGGUGACCCAUGAGAUGGUGUCGGAGCACCCAGAGUCUGUCCACAUCAAGUGGCUGGACCCCAAAGCCCCCAAUGGCAUGAUCAUCCUGUACGAGGUCAACUACAAGAGGUUGGGAGACCUUGAGGAGCUGCAUCACUGCGUGUCCAGGAAGGCCUACGCCCAGAUCGGCGGCUGCAGGCUGAGAGUGGUGCAUCCUGGGAACUACACCGUGAGGAUACGUGCCACAUCGCUGGCAGGAAACGGCUCCUGGACCGAACCCACCUUCUUCUUCAUGCCCGACAAGGACACCACUUCACUGAAGUUUAUCAUUGGCUCAGUUAUCUGCUUCAUCCUGCUGCUAUUCGUAGGAGGUGGAGUCUUCAUGAUCUUCAAGAAGAAACAAACUGAGGGACCCACUGGACCUCUGAUCGCCUCGUCCAACCCAGAGUACCUGAGCGCCAAUGACAUGUACGUGCCUGAUGACUGGGAGGUGGCGAGGGAGAAGAUCAACAUCUUGAAGGAGCUGGGUCAGGGCUCAUUUGGCAUGGUCUACGAGGGCAUCGCCAAGGACAUUGUGAAGGGCGAGCCGGACACGCGUGUGGCAGUGAAGACGGUCAACGAGUCGGCCAGUCUGAGAGAGAGGAUAGAGUUCCUCAACGAAGCGUCGGUCAUGAAGGCCUUUAGCUGCCACCACGUGGUGCGUCUUCUGGGGGUGGUGUCUAAAGGCCAGCCCACUCUGGUGGUGAUGGAGCUGAUGACCCACGGGGAUCUGAAGAGCUUCCUGCGCUGCCUCCGACCAGACUCUGAGAAUAACCCCACAGGGAAGCCCCCUCCCACACUGAAGGAGAUGAUUCAGAUGGCGGGGGAGAUAGCAGACGGCAUGGCCUACCUCAACGCCAAAAAGUUUGUCCACAGAGAUCUGGCCGCCAGGAACUGCAUGGUGGCUGAGGACAACACCGUCAAGAUCGGAGACUUUGGCAUGACCAGAGACAUAUAUGAGACGGAUUACUACCGUAAGGGAGGGAAGGGUCUGCUUCCUGUCAGGUGGAUGGCUCCUGAAUCUCUGAAGGACGGAGUGUUCACCGCACAUUCAGACUGCUGGUCAUUUGGUGUGGUAUUGUGGGAGGUCAGCACCCUAGCAGAGCAGCCUUACCAAGGCCUGUCCAACGAACAGGUCCUCAAGUUCGUCAUGGACGGAGGAUACCUAGACAAACCAGAGAACUGCGUAGAGAGGAUCCACAACCUGAUGUCGAUGUGCUGGCAGUACAACCCCAAGAUGCGUCCAACCUUCCAGGAGAUCAUCGAGAUGUUGAAGGAGGAUGUUCACCCCAGCUUCCAGGAGGUCUCCUUCUUCUACAGCGAGGAGAACAAGCUCCCCGAGACAGAGGAGUUUGACUUGGACCUGGAGAACAUGGAGAGCAUCCCACUGGACCCAUCGUCCUACUCCCAGAGAGAGGACAGCGACAGUGUGUCCAGAGACAAUGGAUCCAGCCAGAACGUACGGGGAAACUAUGAGGAACACGUGCCCUACGCACACAUGAACGAUGGCAAGAAAAACGGACGAAUCCUAUCAUUGCCGAGAUCCAGCCCUUCCUAACAUUUCCUAAGGUUUUCUUCCUCCGUUCAAACUAUUUAAAUGGUUUAACUCUUGCAGAAGCCCUUAAAAAAACUGAUCUCAGGACAUGUAUUUUCUUCCUCACAGCUGCCAAGCAUGGUGGGACACACGAUGCAAACAUUUUGGUAUAUGUUGAAAGACAUUUUUGCAUUUAUCCAGAAUCAUCUACUACAACUUUCUACUAUCUUUGUUUUUUUGUUCACUAUUGCCAUGUUUCCAGGACUGGUUGAUGGAAAAAGAAAAAAAAAACUGAACACUUCUCGCUCUUUCCAGGCUGCCCCAUCUCUCUUCCAUUCUCUUGAAAACCUUUUCAGAUAGUGGCCUUUUUAUUUGUGGCCUGUUAACAAAGAGAAGUGUCCAUCAAUACUUGUAUUAAUUUCCUUUGAAUUUCCUUUGGAAUUAGACAGGUUUGAACCAUGGGAUGGCAUAAACUCUCUAGAACAAAUGUCUAUUCGUAGAGAAACUUUUUAUUUAAUUUUUUUGUGCAGAAUUCCAAACUUUACGGAUAUUAUUUUGGUGUUUGGUGAAUAGUUCUAAUUUAUUAGCAUUUUUUUUUGUCUCACUUUUUCAGUUUUAUUUCUGAGUCCUCACAUUAUGGCUGAAGGAUAUUUAAACAGUUAAAAGUUGGGCAAAAUAGUUCCUCAGACUGACCAAUAGCUGCUGCUUUCAUAUAUUUUUGUGGAUAUAGAAUAUAUAAUAUAUAUAGUAUAUAUGGAAUAUUUGGUAUUUAUAUCAAUAUUUUAUAUAGAAUAUAUACAAUAUAGAUGUUUUUGUACAUAUUUCUUAUUUGUAAUGUUUUCAUCUGAGGCUUUUCUGGUAAAAAUGUUUUUUUUUUGUCUGUCUUUUCUCUCUCUCUAACCCCAGAUAUCACACUAAUCGGCCACCAGUGCUCUGUUGUCUUAGACCUCCACACGUGGUUUUACUUCUCUUUCAAACCCUCAGGAGAACCCUGUUCUCCUCAGCGACAAAGGGCAGCCCACUAUUUUAGAAAAAUCAUGGCAUCUUUCAAAUGUUGUUCGUCCUGUCAGUAGAAGCGUUUGGGUGGGCCACUAUGCUAAAAUGACAAGAACCAAAAACUGAAAUGGGAAUGAAUGGUGCCUUGGUCUGAUGGAGCCAUGGUGUAGAUGUCCAUGUUGUGUUAAAAUGUGUCUGUUUGGUUGAUCAUUAGCGAUCUGUUUGAUUGAUUGAUGUUAUCGGUGGGGCUAGAAAUGUGAUGUCUGCUUGCUUGGACAGACAGUUUGUCUUGGCCUGAUGAUUGUACUUGGCUUGUGCGCUCUUGGCUUGUGCUGUUGGUAGUGGGAUUUUAUAGGGUUAUAGUUGGGUCAUACGAGACCCAUCUACCUAUCUAUCUCCUCCACUGGAGUCGGAAGCCCAUAUAGGUGGAUGUAUUGCAGGACCACAUACCAUCAGGGCUUUGAGAGAAAUAUAAUGCCGUGCUUCAUAUGAGUAACGAGCAUCAGCUCUACUCCAGCACAACCCCCAUGUCCUCAGACAACUGGUUUUGUUUUGACCCUACCACCACCCUACGCCCUCUCCCCAUAUAACGAUAGCCUCAUUGGCUGUAAUGUUCGCUGACACAGGAAGGAGGUCAGAAUCAGGCUGCUGGUGGAAUUUUCCAUGUUACUGUGGUUGAAUGCUUUUGAUUUUGAACAUUUUGGAAAGUUCCUAUUGCAUUCAGAGUCCACAGCGGGCAGCAGCGAAAGAGAGGGAGGGAGCCGUUAGAUGAAGGUGUGUGUGUGUGUCGGUGUGUACUAACGGAGAGAGGUGGUGUACAGGUGGUGGUAUGGUAUGAGUCAGGACACGCUGUAGCUGUACAACAAGUGCUGCUUUACCCCCAGGGCUGGGCUAACAUUCUACUAUUGGCAGUGGAGACCGUGUUCGGACUUGCUGUGUGCCCGUUAUUCACAACCCCUUCUCCCUUCCACCCGAAAGAAAAAGAUAUUGAACUUAUUUCCCCCUGCUUUUAAUUUGGGUUUCUUUCAAUCCCACACCCUCCCAUUUGGGUUGUGGUGUACCCCUCCCCACAAUUUGGAUUGUAACCCAUCACUCCAGUAUCUAAAGAUGGGUUGUGAAAGUAUAAACCUCUGUCCAUUUACAUUCAUAUUAUUAAGUUCCAUACAGACAUUCAAACAUUCCUGUCAGCUUCUUCCCAGCACAAGACAAAGUCCUGAUUUGUUUUUAAAGUACACACACACUUAUUCUAUGUGGCACAAAUCACAAAUUGGUGUUAACUACAUAAAGAUUGAUUGAAAAGUGUCUACAUGGCAUUCCCAUUGAGAAGCACAAAUAGCCCAAUCAUUAGUAGUUCACACACACACACACACACACACACACACACACACACACACACACGUCUCUAUUUGUCCCACUAUCCCUCCCUCUAGCCAAAGGCAGUGAUACUCAUUGUCUAUUGUCAGAAGCAUUGAUAAGGGACAGAAAAGCACAGACAGGAGCUAAGGGUAAGUCAAUCUGACCAGCAGUUUGAGCCUGUGUGGCUGUUAAGAGCUUACAGUUAUAGGCCUGGUGUUAUUAACCCUAACCUGCCCAUUCAUCUUCGCCCAGUUAUCACUGUUUACCCCUCCAUGUCUGUAUGUCUGUCUGUAUCGGCGAUGGUGGAACCGCAUCAGCCUCCACCCAGUGCCUUUUCAACCAACCACAGACCAGAGAGAUGGAUGUACAUUGCACAGGCUGGUUACUGUUUGUUUGUUGGCACAUACUCAUGUUAAUGCGUGUGUGUGUGUGUGUGUGUGUGUGUGUGUGUGUGUGUGUGUGUGUGUGUGUAUUUAUACAUGUUAGACAGAGUGAGAGAAAUACGACUCGUAGAUGGGAGCUAAAUCCAUACCGUAAAUCUCAAGUAGUACUUAGAGAUAGAUAUGACAGUUGCUAAAUAACUUAUAUCUCUCUGUUUCUACGGGGAACAUCGGCUUGUGAGAGAGGUAUGUGGCUAGUUUUUGGUCAGUUGUUGUAAGGGUUGAAUGGCAAGUUGAUUUAGUGCUAUGGUGUUCAAAGUUUAAGCAAUGUUAAAACACCUUUCUGGUUCUCGCUGAUUCUUGAUCUACUCCACUUACUCGAAUGCCCCCCAAAAUGUUAGUUUUUUUCCUCAAUCAGUUACACUCUCAUACAUUUUUACUUUGUAAAUACUAAAGAAUAUAUUGUCUGGAAAAAAAGUGGGAAACCUCCCUCACAACUGUGCAUACAGUACAUGCCCAUAACGAGAGAUAAGUGGUGGAUCUCUACAUAUGACCAUUGUCUCUUUAUGGCGGUGUAUACACGUGUAUGCAAUUUUCAAUUCAGAAGAUCACCAUCAUCUUUGAAAAAUUACAGAUAUUUAAUAUUUUAUUUAUUGUAUUAUUGUAUAUAUAAAAAAACACUGUUCGCUUUUUGUCCGUUUUUUAAAUAUUGAAAGUCAGGUAAAAAAAAAAAAACUAGUUAAGGGUAGAGCUAUAAAUGUGAAAAGGAGUUGGUAGUUGUAGUUUCUAUGUAUUUGGCCACAGUCUACCUCAGUGGGUGUUUGGAGGAAUCAGUUUGAGACUACAGCAUCUUUCUUUGUCUGUCAGUCUGUUGGUAUCCCUGUAGUUCAAAUCAGAGGACAGGGACAGCCCCUUUAAAGAGAUUAAAAAGAUAAGACCCUGUGUGUUUCUCAACAUGCGUACUAACAUGCUCCGAGUACGCAAAUUGGACCACGAGAGGGUCGGAUUAUGAGUCCAAAUCAAAGUAUACAUAAUCUCGAAUGCGUACUCCGUUUGUAAAUAUGUUUGAAGCAUGCAUCGAUGCACACUUCAACAGAAAGUAUACAAAGAAAUAUGACGCAACCACGUAAACAAUGAUGUAACAUUUUUUUUUACAUCAAUGGAGGGCAUUAGUUAAGCUGAAGAGAGAGAAAAUACACAUCAACCUCGGAAUGAAAUGCAUAUUCACAUGUCAUAUGUUGCCAGACUACAAUAUGUUUUUUCUUGAUACCUUCAUAAAUACCUGCUGUUUAACCUGCCUACUUACAAUAGAUUGCAAGCCCAUAAUAAGUCAAUGGGGCAAACUGGCUAGCUACUACUGUUAGCUCUACUGGCUAGCUACUACUGUUAGCUCUACUGGCUAGCUACUACUGUUAGCUCUACUGGCUAGCUACUACUGUUAGCUAGCCAGAACAUCAGUUUUCAGCCAAGCGUCAGGUUUCUUUUUGAAAUGAACAGAAUUUUUACAUACCCUGUAACAACGGUUAAUGUAAUAGCUGUUGUUACAUACCCGCUAGCUGAUAGUUGCUUUGUGAGCGAACCAGACUGCUUUGCUUUUGUGCAUUUAUUGUUCUAGGGAAGACUUGAUUUUAGCUUUUUUUUAUAGAAAUUCUGCAUCAAGACAGAGUAGUCCAAAUCAUGAUUGCAUAUUUCUUGAUCACAUAUCCAUAGUCUGCAGUAGCUCAGCCUUGGUCAUGCUUUUCACCAUUGACUCACCAUAGAUGAACUCCUCAGUGUUGGUUUGUGUGGGUAUAUACACUACCGUUCAAAUGUUUGGGGUCACUUUGAAAUGUCCUUGUUUUUGAAAGAAAAACACUUUUUUUUUUUGUUCAUUAAGAUAACAUCAAAUGGAUCAUAAAUACAGUGUAGACGUUAGUUGUAAAUUACUAUUGUCGCUGGAAAUUGACUAUUUUGUUUGAAAUGGAAUAUCUACGUAGGCCCAUUAUCAGCAACCAUCACUCCUGUGUUCCAAUGGCACGUUUCGUUAGCUAAUCCAAGUUCAUCAUUAUAAAAGGCUAAUUAAUUGAUCAUUAGAAAACCCUUUUUGCAAUUAUGUUAGCACAGCUGAAAACUGAUGUUCUGUUUAAGGAAGCAAUAAAACUGGCCUAUUUUAGACUAGUUGAGUAUCUGGAGCAUCAUUAAAUAAUGAUGCUCCAGAUACUCAACUAGUCUGAAAUAGGCCAUAGGUGUGUUCGAUUACAGGCUCAAAAUGGCCAGAAACAAAGAACUUUCUUCUGAAACUAGUCAGUCUAUUCUUGUUCUGAGAAAUGAAGGCUAUUCCAUGCUAGAAAUUGCCAAGAAACUGAAGAUCUCGUACAAAGCUGUGUACUAAUCCCUUCACAGAACAGCACAAACGGACUCUAACCAGAAUAGAAAGAGGAGUGGGAGGCCCUGAGCAAGAGGACAACUAGUCGAAAGAAGGCCAGUUUUAUUGCUUCUUUAAUGAGCACAACAGAUUUCAGCUGUGCUACAUAAUUGCGAAAGGGAUUUCUAAUGAUCAAUUAGCCUUUUAAAAUGAUAAACUUGGAUUAGCUAAGACAGCAUGCCAUUGGAACACAGGAGUGUGUCUAGUGUGUGUAUAUAUAUAUAUCUCCCAGAGUCCCUGUUCUUCUCAGUCAAAUACGGACAGCAUUUAGUCUCAAGGCCGUUUAAUGUAUCCUCCAGACGUGUUUUUAUUUCUCUGUUCUGUUGUUUUCCCUUAAAUGUUGUAUGUAUUUUUUUUCUACUGUGAAUAUCAAGAAAUGACCUUAUUGUUAUAUCAAUGCCAUGGAAUGGGUCUGUCUGGACACUGCAUGCCUCCGCUGGUCAAAGGACUAGAUUUUCACUUCCCAGGGAGGCACGUGUAUCGGGGGUUGGGUGAUGGAAGGAGCUUCCAACCUGUUUCUGACUGAAGUGCAAGUGCUCUUGGCAUCCUAGCAAAUCAUAUUUUAGGGGAGAUGUAGCUUAGAAGUUGUCAACAAACAACCACCCUCUUGCAAAUCAAAUGUUCAGCCUUUAAAGUUAAUGAUCUGAUUGUAUGCCUGUUAUCAUUGUGAUAUGUGGUGUUCACUGCCCCCAGCUGGCUGGAUGGGGGAAGUGCAGCAUCAGGACUCGAGUGUGUAGCCAGGGCUCUGUCCCAUAGUGCCUUGCUCAGACAGACUGCCCUCCUCCUGACGACACAGCCAGCCAGACCCUCAGUGCCAUGGACUGGACUAAUCUGCUCUGGUCCGGACUGGACGGUCUCAUCUCAUCUCCCAACGUCCCAGCAGGAUAAUACUGGAGUAUUAACGUAUUAUGCAUUCUAAGACAGGAGAUAGUUGUGUUCUGUACUCAUCGCUGCAGUGAGAGGGAUGCAACACAUCCCCUUUGCUUGGCUGGAUGAUUCAUGAUAUAACUGUAUUGGGAUAAUUGCUGUAUGUGGACGAUAUUCAUGGUUUCACCAAAAUGUUGAACUUCUUGUCUCUACUGGGGCAAAGCUCUUGCUUGAAUUCUGCAUGAACCCAACCAUCCCCAGCUGAUUUAGUUUUUAAUGUAAUAUAAUUUUGUAUUUUGGCCAUCUCUUUGUUGAUGAUAGUCCAACACCCAAAGCACAUGGGAUCAUGUAUAAUUAGCAACUAUUGAUUGCAUGACAUGGGGAGAAUAGAACUCCCAUUUAAAAUAGUGGCAGAUAUCGGUGAAAAAUUGUAUCACUUGACUUAGGGAAGUUUAGGUUUAGUUUGAAACUCGAAUCAAAUGUUAUUUGUCACAUGUUUAGUAAACAGCAGGAGUAGACUAACAGUGAAAUGCUUACUCACUCUGAUAACCUGAAAAUGGAGUUUGACAGAGCAUGCUAGUGCUGCAGCGCAGGUUGAGAACAAAGCAUUGUAUGUAUUUUAUUGUUUUAAAAAGAAAGUAUUACAUUUAGAGAUGUUUAUUUCUAUUCCUUUUGGGGGGUGGGGGGCAAAAAAAGGAGGGCAAAUACAAUUACUUUUCUGUCUAAUCUUUUACUACCCUUGUAGAUUAUUGAAUUGAACAUUGUUGUCAAUGUAUAUAACUUUUUCUAAAUGAAAUACCAAAGUUAGAUGUUUUUAGUCAUGACACUACCCCAGUAUGCAGAGCAGAUAAAAGUACUGUACUGUAGAUGUACUAUGGAGCAGCACAACGCUGGCUGGAUGGGCUACCUGUGUAUCAUAUGACAUGUGGCCUAAAACGUUCAUUUGAUCAUUGUUCCAUUCCGGUGUAGAUGCAUGUUCCCGUGCUUGUGAACAACAUGCGUUUUUACCACUGCCCCCACGUUAGCAUGUUUUAUUUAUUUAUUUUGAUCUCAAAAUAUCACACAUUGCUAUGUUAUGGGGGGGGGGUGUUUCUUUCUGACCAACAGCCUACAGAAAAGUCAUCUAGAUUUAGAUGACAUUUUGUUUUUCGAUGUGAAAAACUGGAAAAGACCACUGCACGUUCGUGGAGGACAACACAACAUGAAAUCCUAAAUAAAUAAAUAAGCUAUAAAGUGUAUCAGAAACUAUGGUGAUAUCCCAAUCUAAUGUGUAGGUGGUUCUUAACCAUUUAACAUGGCUAUGGGGCAGUAUGAAGAAAAACACCGUCGCUGUGUAUUAUGUACAAUGUCUGUUUAGUAGUGUAAUGAAAUGUGUACGUGUGUAAGGCUAUGGCUGGUAUGGCUUAAACAGAGACGCCACUUUUACAACUGACUCGGCUCGUCUACAUAGGCGUCGAUGUAAUGAUUUAUAUAUUAUAUUUGCCCUUGCUGAAAGUUUUUGUUCAAUGUCACGUCAAAUUUAAUGAAGUGUAAUUGUUUGACAAAUGGAUGAGGGUCAGGUGGGGGGGUUCAGUAUAGUAGUGGUGGGUGUGGUUGUGGUGCUAUUGAGGGUUUAGGGGGUAAAGGGAUCCUAGUCAUGCUGUCUUGCCAGUGGUCUGCUUCGUUUUGACACAGCUCGCUACAUGUUAAGGUCUCUAGCCCCGAGGUGGAGUUUUAGGUGUCUGUAUCGUCCUUGGUUAAAGUCUUGCCAUGGGUUGUGUUUGUUUAUAUCUGAUUGCUGCUCCUUCUUCUGUGCACAUAGAUGGCCACAAAAUGCUGUGUGUGUAGGCUGGCAGGAUACCUCUUCAUGAACCUCUGUCAUGUUAUUUUUUAGAAGAUUUACUGAUGUAUUCGUCAUUGAUAAUGUAUAGCUACAUUUACAUUUACAUUUAAGUCAUUUAGCAGACGCUCUUAUCCAGAGCGACAUUUGUCACACACAUACAUAUACAGGUGACGUGUAUGUGUAUCACACCCAUGUACAACCACAAAGAUGGCUACAUCCCAACACUGGAUCGGAAUGUGCCAUUAUAUUUGUGUAUAUCACAUAUAUAAAUAUCAUAUUAAUGCUCUUGUCACUUCCACACACAAUUACACAUGUGCAGGAUCAAAAUGUGCCAUGACUAAAUAAUGCCUGACAAUUUAUUUUUUCUAUAUUUUCAAGGAGAAGCAGUGACAUGUACAGAACAUUUUGGAAUGAUAUGAAAAUAAAAUCUUACUGUGUGUAAAUGAUUGUACAAUGAACUGUUUAUAUUAAAAUCAUGAAUAAAAUGAUUGGAUAAUU